ACUGUAUAUAUUUUGUCUUGACUCGCAACACGUGAUGUUGGCACACUUCUACAGUUUUCUGUAGUGCCGACAGUUUUGAACACCAUUUUCACGAAGCGGCCGUCACCUAUGGCGCAAAUGUGUGGAUGGCUGUCAUGCACCACCGUCCUGUGGUGUCUUACUUUCUUCGGCUGCGGAGUCAACUACAUGAUCAGGAGCAACAUAAAUAUCGCGAUAGUCUCGAUGGUGAAGAAACGAUCGUCAAACGCUAGUGCAGUGGUCAGCGAAUGCUACCAUUCUGAUUUCAACGUAACCAGAAACUACACCCUCCUCGAGACACUUACUGACGUCGAACUGGUCGACGAUGAUGAUGAGAACAGAUUUGACUGGGACGAACAUCAGCAGAACUCUGUCAUGGGAGCGCUUUUCUGGCUCUACUGGGUAGCACAGGUACCUGGAGGCAUGCUGGCCCAACAUUACGGCACAAAGAAAGUGUUUGGCAUCGGAAACCUCAUGAUUUCCCUAAUAGCGUUGUUAGUGCCACUUUUCGCAUCACUUGACUACAGGGCUCUGGUAGCCCUCAGGGUUUUCCAAGGAAUUUGUGGGGGUAUCUGCUGGCCAUCCCUCACCUACAUGAUCUCGAGAUGGAUACCAACCAACGAAAGGGGGAAGUUUAUGAGCGCAUGUAUGGGUAGUUCUGUGGGUGCUGCAUUGACCUUUCCUCUAUGUGGAAUGAUCAUUCACUUUCUCAACUGGCAGGCAGUGUUUUAUGUCACUGGUACAAUUGGAAUAUUGUGGUUUAUCAGCUGGUGGUGGCUUACGUAUGACAACCCAAUAGAUCAUCCCAGAAUUAGUGAAUCAGAGCUCAAACACAUCCAAAAUGGCAUUGGCAACAGUAUUUCUGAAAAGAAGCUUCCUAUUCCCUGGUUUAAAAUUCUUACAAAUUGGCCACUGAUGGUGAAUAUAUUGCUUGCAUGGGGAUGUUUAUGGGGAAUGUUCACCCUUUUAACCCAAGCACCUACAUAUUUCUAUAAUGUUCAUGGAUGGAGUGUACAGAAGGUUGGCUUUUUCUCUGGUCUUCCCCAUAUUUGUCGAAUGAUUUUAGCCAUCACAGUUGGCCAUCUGUGUGACCACUUGCUGUCAAGUGGAAAACUAUCAGUUACUGCAGUUCGAAAGUUUGCUGGUUUUAUAACAAACACGCUGCAAGGCAUCUUCAUGCUGGGUUUGGCCUUCUCUAGCUGCAACUCAGUUAUGGCCACUAUCUGCCUCACAGCAGCUGUUGCUAUGAGUGGAGCUGAACCAACUGGCUUUUUAGCAACAUACAUAGAUCUCAGUCCCAAUUUCUCCAGUGUACUUGUGGGCAUUGGUCAUAUGAUUUCUGUGACCCCAGGAUUCGUGUCCGCUGCAGUUGUCGGUGCUUUGACAUACAAAAAUCAAUCAUCUGAACAGUGGAAGAAAUUUUUCUUUAUAUCAGCAAGUAUCCUUUUAGCUCCUGGCUUGCUACACCUCUUGACAUCAUCAUCCAAAGUACAAGAGUGGAACUUCCCAAAGUCUAUGGCAAAAGAAAUGAAAGAUAAUAUCUCUGAUAAUGAUGUGGAAGCUCAGCACAGUCUCACAUCAAACUAUGAAAGUGAAAAUCAUCAGGACAAAGAAGAAGUACAAUGAUGGAAUGUGAAAAAAUACAUAAGCAAGCUCAGAAAUAUAAAUUCAUUGAGUAUUACUUAAUUUUUAUAUACAUGAACUUGAGAAGUUUAACAAAUUACAUUUGUACUGAGCUGUCUUUUAGGAAGAAGUAUAUCACUAUGAUACAUUUUAAAAAUUUCUAUUUAACUCAUUCAUUCAUUCAUCUGGUUGAGCAGAGCCUUCACAGAUGUGGAGCCUAGUUAUAACUUUCACUGGCAGACAAACUCACUGCAGGCUACUUCUGUAAAAUGCACCAACAACUUGUAAAACUAGUGGUUGUUUCUUCCAUGGCCAAUGUCAUUCAAUGAAAACCAAGCUUUUCCACAUACCAACUUCCUGUUAAUUAUUAAAAAAUCCAUCAAAAUUCCUUCAGAUUAUUAUAUAUCCAUUUCUUUUUGUCAUAUCGGCAUACCAACUUCCAAAAUAACUCAUUUGUCUCUGUACAAACUUCUUUUAAGCACAUAAGAACUGUCAUACUAAUAUGUAAGGGACAGUGAAAUGAAAAUAAGACAGAUAGAAAAAAAGUAA